GCGCGGCUAGUCAUGUACGACCGGCGACACUGCUUAACCUAACCUACCGCUACGAUGUCUGCAUGUAUGUAUAUUGUCCGUGUUCAGUCUCUCGCCGCUGUGUGAAAUCCACUCCCACAACACUUAGUUAUAUUUUUUGCAAAGGCAGAGUUACACUACGAGUCCUGCGUCGACUCAAGUGUACGAUUUGUAUGUCAGAGUGCAAGGUAACUCGCCACGCAGUCGAUGCACGUUACAUAUACACAAUGGGGACCAGCACGCGUUUAUCCUUUUCGCGAGCAUUUGUCUGUCUGCUAGUUGUGCUGUUUUCGGUGCUUGUCAUCAACGGUGCUAGUGAUGAGAAAGACUGCGGCUGCGGUAAAAAUUUGAAUAGACAGAAUGGACAGGACCAAGGCUCCUGCCCUAUCAACAAGGUGGAUGAGCUUGACGACGAGAUAAUCAAACCUAUCUACAAGAAGGAUCUUACCUCUAACAUGGUGAGGAUCAAGGGUGGAUCGUACUUCAUUGGCACCAAUGAUCCUGUUUUUGUUUCCGAUGGGGAAGGACCCAGGAGGGAAGUAGAGCUGGGUAGUUUUUAUAUUGACAAAUACGAAGUGAGUAACGCAGACUUUCAAGAGUUUGUCACUGCAAGCAGCUAUAAGACAGAGGCUGAGAAGUUUGGAGACUCGUUUGUUUUCGAGGGAUUGCUCAGCAAGGAUAUCAAGAAUGAGAUAAAGGAAGCUGUGGCACAGGCUCCUUGGUGGCUGCCGGUGAAAGGUGCUGUUUGGAGUCAGCCUGAAGGGCGUGAUUCCAACAUUAAGGAUAGAAUGGACCAUCCUGUUGUUCAUGUGUCAUGGAAUGACGCAGUGGCUUAUUGCAAAUGGAUUGGGAAGAGAUUGCCAACUGAAGCGGAAUGGGAGGUCACUUGCAGAGGUGGUCUUAAUGAUAGACUUUUUCCUUGGGGAAAUAAGUUGAUGCCAAAUAAUGAGCACAGAACAAACAUUUGGCAAGGAGAGUUUCCUUUGAACAACACAGUAGAGGAUGGAUUUGAUCGUACAAAUCCAGUGUCAUACUUUCCGCCCAAUGCUUAUGGAGUCCACAAUAUCAUUGGAAAUGUGUGGGAGUGGACAUCAGACUGGUGGAAGACAAAACAUACGGAUGAAAAGCAAACUAAUCCUACUGGUGCACCAAAUGGGUCUGAUAAAGUGAAGAAAGGUGGAUCUUACCUUUGUCAUAAAAGCUACUGCUACAGAUAUCGCUGUGCAGCAAGAAGUCAAAACACACCUGACACAUCAGCAGGAAACCUUGGUUUCAGAUGUGCUGUCUCAGCAUAGUCAAUGACCUUUUAUAAAUCGUUUGAUAAACAUUUUAUAUUCUUUUACAAUUUGAACAUUAACAUGUACAUAUUGUGUGACUGUUAUGAAUGCUGCAAUAUGAAUUUUAUAUCGUUUUGUAAUUUAUACAUGAAAGUGAUAAGAAUGGUAGGCUCUGUUAUUAUAAAGCCUCUAUAUUUUGAAACAAUUACAUGUAGUUGUAAGCCAAUUUGCAAACGAGAAGGUAUUCAAGUAAAAGUGAUAUUUUUUCAUGAAACUGCAGUAAACUCAUAAAAUUCCAAUUGUUAUUUUGAGAUGGAGGAGAUUAUGAUCUCGCGUUCCGAUAAACUUGAUAUAUACAUUUCGGCUGUGCACGAAAGUUCUUUGUACAAAUAAAUUAUUCUACAGAGUUGUCAGAUUAAGUUCUUAUAUAAGUUUAAUAAACGGACAAUGAGCCAAAAUUAUAAUGUGA